AUGCCUUUCGAUAAUAUGUUUGUCGCGAGCGACAAUACUCUCUUGGAUCCUUUUCAAUGGAUCCCUACCUUGUGCAUCGCGGCAUCCUUAUGUUUCAUUGUCACCGGUUCUCUGAGAUGGUAUCAAUUGCAAAAGUCUACUAUCAAGGUUGCCCCAAACCAACAAGAGAGCAUCAAAUUCGCUUUUAACUUGGCCUUGCUGGCCUUUCAAUCCUCUAUCGUAGGCCUGUCUAUGUCUCUGCCGAUCGAGUUUGGCACUCUGGAUGAAUAUGUCCAUCUUGUUGCAAUCGUUGGUUUCGCUAUCUUAUCACCUAGAGAACAUUACCGAUCAGUGAGCCCGUCAGAUUUGCUGAUCAUCUACUUGUCCAUAUGCACUGCUUUGGAUGCUUCCGCGUUGUUGAUGAUCCGUGGCAACACCUCUAUGACAGUGCAGGUGCUACGAACAAUCUUGGAGGCAGGUGCUCUCAUAGCUGAAUCUCGAAGCAAGAGGAACUUCUUGCUCGAAGCUUAUCUAGACAUUGCACCUGAAGAAACAGCUGGACCUUGGAGCAAAGCAACCUUCGCUUGGAUUCAUCCGAUACUAUUUGCUGGGAAAGACUCCAAGUUCGUUCUUGAAACACUGCCCCUGAACCCUCGUCAAUUUAAUCCUUCGGUUUUGCGCCAAAAGGUUCUGCGUCUUUUCGGCCAGAGAGAGAAGCCGGAAAGUCGUUUGACAUUUCCGUCUGUUCUGGCGCAAUGCCUUAUGCCAGAGUUUGCAACCAUCGCAAUCACGCGGUUCAUGCUGAUCGCAUUUCGCUAUGCUCAGCCUCUGCUCAUGAGCAGAAUCUUGCAACUUUUGGCCACCAACGCGUUAGGUGGACGAUCAUAUCAGCUCUCAUGCACGAUUGUCAUUUUUGCAUCAAUAGUCUAUGUUGGGCAAGCUAUAGUUUCGUCGAGAUACCAGCACAAGCUCAAUCGUCUCAAAGUCAUGACCCGAGCCACACUUGUUGAACUAAUAUAUGAGAAGACUCUUAGUGCGCCCGCUGUUGCGUACAAUGACUACAGCGCCGCCACUUUGAUGAGUACCGAUGUCGAUGCUCUCGCAAAGACCAGCGAGAUGUUUCAUGAGGCCUGGGCUCAAGUUCUGGAGGUCAUCGUUGGUAUGGUGUUAUUGUCGCAACAGAUCGGAUGGUUCUGUCUUGUCCCUCUGCCUAUAAUAUAUGGCUGCUCCCACAUGACCCGAUAUGUAGCACGGAGUCUGCGUCUCAAGCAACUUGCGUGGAACAAAGCUACCCAAGAUCGUAUCAACAGAAUCGUCUCUGUGGUUGUGAGAAUAAAAAUCAUCAAGAUGCUUGGUCUAGGAAAUGUGGUCAGAGACCAGAUCAGCUGUUUGAGACAAACGGAAAUUGAUGCCUCAAAAGAUAUGCGCUGGGUGGCUGUGCUCGCGAACGCAAGUGCAAACGCACUCGGCCUCUUCACGCCUGCAAUCACCAUCAUCCUGUUCGCUGCUAUGAGCAGGUCCAAACUUGAUGCAGAAACAGCCUAUACCACAUUAGCCAUCUUGCUCUUGGUCACUCAUCCCGCGAACAUGAUCAUGACGAUUGUGCCUAGGGCAAUUGCCUCUUUAGCCAGUUUCCAGAGAAUACAGGAUUUUGUUAACAAACCGCACUAUCAAGAUGCUCGAAGGCAUCUUCAGAACGAAGAAGCACCAACCUUGAUAGACGCUAGCUGUGCUUUUGGAGUAGCAGUCAAGUUCAGGGAUGUCGAGUUGAAGUUCUCAGGCUCCACGACGCCGAUUCUGGAAGGCAUCGAUUUGAGCAUCAGGCAUGGCUCUAUCGUUGUCUGCACUGGUCCCACAGGAGCAGGUAAAAGUUUGCUAGGCCUAGCUAUUGCCGGAGAAGUGAAAGCUUCUAAGGGUUCCAUUUCUGUCGUCAGCACAAGGAUUGGGCUUUGUACCCAGCUACCAUGGCUCCCUGGGCAAUGUAUUCCUGAAACGAUCACGGGCUUCUCUCGGACGACUGGUGUGCAUCAUGACAACUGGUAUCAGCAAGUUCUCGAUGCUUGCUGCAUAGACGACAGUAUUCUGCUUAGUCCGGCUGCAAAACAUGCCGGAAGUGGCCAUGCAAGAUUUUCAGGAGGCCAGCGUCAAAGAGUAGCAUUGGCUCGUGCUGUAUACCAACGACACCAGAUUCUUGUUCUCGAUGACCCUUUAUCAGCUCUUGACCACCGCACGCAGGAGCGCGUGAUUGUCAAUCUGUUGGGUCCAGGUGGUCUACUUCGAAACUCGCAUACGAUGGUGUUUCUCAUUACGAGUGCUCCUGCUGCGUACUCUCUCGCCGACAGGAUUCUGCUCUUGAAACACGGUCGUAUUGAGUUUGAUGGUGACUGGAGCAGUUUUCGUACGCACGCAGGUUCAUUCUUAGAAGAUUCUUUCGUGGACGGCGACGAGGCGAAAACUGACUAUCAGCAGAAAUCAGAGUUAAUGUCUGUCGAGGAGAGCAAGCUUGCUGUCAACGAUGACGAACUUGAUAUUGACACGAGAUCCGGCGAUCCAUCGGCCUACCGAUACUAUCUUCGGUCAGUCGGCGUGGUGAACAUGCUCGCACUCUUGAGUUGCACCGCGUUGUAUUCCUUUUUUUCUGCAUUCCCGCAUUACUGGAUUAAAUGGUGGACGCAAGCAGGAGCCACAAAUUACACCUUUUACAUGCUUGGGUACUUGCUAUGCUCUACUGUUGCCUGGGCCUCGACUAGCAGUAUGCUUUGGGUCAACUUCAUCAAGCUGGCUCCAAGAUCUGGGGCUGUGCUGCAUACUAAUCUCCUGAGGACGAUCCUAGGAGCUCCAUUAUCUUUCUUUCUCGACAACGAUACAGGAGUAAUCGUGAACAGGUUUGGUCAAGACAUACAGGUGAUAGAUCGAGAUCUUCCUUCGGCAUUGGCUGCGCUGUGUACACAGAUGUUCAAGCUUCUGAUGCAAUGCUCACUUCUGCUAGCGAGCCAGAGGUUAUUGUUGUUUGCCUUGCCCAUCUAUUGCUUCCUCGUCUACAUCAUUCAGAAAGUAUAUCUUCGUGCUGCAAGUCAACUCAGGUAUCUGGAUCUUGAGUCUAGAUCUGCCGUAUAUUCAAGCUUCUUGGAAACUGUUGAAGGCCUAUUCACCAUCAGAGCCUUUGGCUGGCAACAACAAUACCUGACCCGCAACACAAGAAGCCUCGACCUCUCACAGCGCGCAUUCUAUCUCUUUCUGUGUCUUCAACGAUGGCUUAAUGUUGUCCUGGACUUGGCUGUUGCCGUGGUCGCGAUAGUUGUUAUCAGUCUUGCAGUAUUCUGCUCUGCCGAGAGUGCCGAUGUUGGAAUCUCCCUCAACAUAGUCUUGGUCACAAACACUACUCUACUCCGGCUGAUAGAAUCUUGGACAACAUUCGAAGUGUCAGUCGGCGCUGCUGCGCGUCUCAAGGAGCUAGAGGAUCGUGUGCCAAAUGAGGAAAACCUUGCGAUUGAGACUAUGGUGCCGUGCAAUUGGCCCUGUGCCGGCUCGCUCUCUUUACGAGGCGUGCGUGUGUGUCACGGUAAUCAAGUAAUCCUGAGCAAUGUCGACCUCAGUGUACAAGCUGGUGCAAAGGUCUUCAUCUGUGGUGAGACAGGCAGCGGGAAGAGUACCCUCUUUAUGGCGCUUUUGAGACUGUGCCCAGUCCAACAAGGUUCUCUCCAAGUUGAUGGGGUAGAGAUAGCACAAGCUGCUCCUUCAAUCGUUCGCGAACGCUGUUUCAUCGCCGUGCCACAGGAUGCAUUCCUUCAACCAGACAUGAGUCUACGCAGAAACGUCGACCCGAUGGAUCAUCAUUCGACUGAAGAGAUCACGCAAGCACUGCAGCAGCUACAUUUAUGGUCUCAUUUUCAGGAUGCUGAUUCCAGCUGCAAUGAUCCAGACAAUGAAGACGGCCGCGUGCUUGCACUACCGCUCUCAUGCUUCUCACCACUAUCUGCAGGACAGACGCAACUGUUAUCUCUUGUACGUUCCAUUCUCAGAGCCAGGUAUCAAGCCCGACAAGGACGAAAGCCCAUUAUACUGCUUGACGAGCCCACGGCGAACCUUGAUGACGAAUACGAGAGCCUCUCGUCUCAGGUGAUUGAGCAAGAGUUUACGGACAAAGGACACACUGUCCUGAUGAUCACACAUAGCUCUAAAGUUUUGAGAGAGCUUGUGAAACCAGCUAAAGAUGUGGUUAUUAGGAUAACAACGGAUCGAUGA